AUGGCAAAACGUAUGGCAAUUAAAAACAUCAAACCACGUCUUGUUAUUGGUGAAAAUGGUGGCAAAUGGACGAUUCGAUCUGAAAGUACACUUCGAACAAAAACAGUGGAAUUUCAGCCUGAUGUCGAAUUUGAAGAAACAACGAUGGAUGGACGUGAAGUUAAGGCAAUUGUUCGAAUUAAAGGUAAUAAAAUGGAACAUACAAUGAAAGGAAAAGAUGGAAAAGAAUGUGUAGUUGUUCGUUACGUCAAUGAUCAAGGUCAACAACAAAUUGAUUUAACAUGUGGUUCAACUACAGCUCAUCGUUGGUUCAAACGUGCUGAUUAA